AUGAGGACGCCGAAGGCGAUGAUCGUGGGCCUGGUGCUGUGCCCCUGCGGGCUCCUGCUGACGCUGGUAGGCACAAUGACGCCCAGCUGGAGGCAGGUGAGCCUCGUGCCCGAGCAACCCUCCGACUUCGUCUUGGAGCAGGGCAUCUGGGACCUGUGCAGCGAGAGGCAGAGCAGCCACAACCGCCACUGCGGGCAGGUAGACGAGCUGGGCUACUUCGAGGAGGUGUCCGUGCAGGUGGCCCGAGGGCUGAUGCCCACCUCGCUGGUGCUCACCCUCCUGGGCUUGGUGGUGGCCACCCUGGGGGUGCGCUGCUGGCAGGAGGAGCCCCGGCACCCAGUGGCUGGUGCAGCAGGGCUCGUGCUGCUCCUCUCGGGGCUGCUGAGCCUCGUACCCGUGUCCUGGUACACCCACGAGCUGUGGGCACUGCCUGCAGCGCCCGGCAGCACACUGGCUGUGGGUUACAGCUUGGUGCUGAGCUACCUGGGGAGCUGUCUGGAGAUCCUGGGGGGGCUGGCCCUCACCCUCAGUUUCCACUGCUGCUGCAAGAAGCGCAGGGCCCCCAAAUACCCCCCCGGCCCUGUGCGGGAUCCUGGGCCACUCUCCACCACCGGUGCCUACAGCAACCCCUGGGACGUGCUGGAGGAUGAGCGAGACGGGCGGCCCUGGAAGAGCACCCUGCCUUGUGACUCUGACCUGUAG